UCAAAUACAAUUUUGUACAUCGCUCAUUUAAUAUUAAAUAAAUUUAAUUUUAUUAAACAUUUUUGUAUAAGUAAUUUAAUUUUUAUAAUAGUCUGAACUUGUAAAAGAACUUAUGGCAGGACUAAAUACACUGCCGGCAAGAAAGCAAUUUUCUUAAAAUUAUAGGUACGCAUAGACAAGAAAAUUACAAUUAAAGUGGCCAUACACGACAGACAUAGGUACGUUUUCGAUCGGCAGGUGUUGUUGUGUAAUUUAUACGUCCUUGUCUGUUGUUGUUGUUUAUAUAAUAUCUGCUUUUAGUAAAAAUGGAUCAAUCGCACAUUUUUUAUUUUAUUGAAAUGGCUGUAACUUUCUGUCAUCUGAUUUACCUUUACUACAUAAAGGUGCAUGUUGUGUGAAAGAUUGGUUACUUAAAAAGAUCGGAUAUUGAGAUCUUAUUGUUUUUAAACAAAAAAUACGGUAAGAUUUAAAAGAUAAUAAUAAAUAUUGAAUUAAUUUACUGUAAAUAGAAACGUUACUUUAAUAAAUAAAUGUGAGAAUUACAAGAUUAAAUUUGUAUCGAAAAUACAAAUGUGUCAUGUUUGGCUAUUUUUGCUGAGCUCAAUUUUUUUUUUUAGUUGUACUUAUCAAUGUUGCAUUACGUUGUACAAAUGUGUCAUGUUUGACUAAUUUUGCAGAGUUAAUUUUUUUUUUUUUUGAGUUGUACUUAUUAAGGUUGCCUUACAUUGUGUUAACGAGCGUUGCGGUUACCGAGUGAGUACUGUUUUUCUAAUUUGUAGGGUAAAACAGAGAAAUAUCAAUUUUACUUAUACCUCAAUAUCUGGUAGAAAGUUGGUUUGGUUCAAUACUGAUACAAAUAUCGGCGUUGCUAUUUUAUAUUUAUGCCUGGAAUUAACACUAUUAAUAAACAUAUUUUUCUUUUUUCGUGGAAUAGAUUUUGGAUAUUUGCCUUCAAUAUUUAAGUUACGAUCCCAACUAUAACUAUGAAUCUGAUGAUGGUCACAGUUGCCUUGCGAUGGAUACUGAAGAAGGAGAAUAUGUCGACAGUGAUGAUUACAGUGAUGAUGAUGAUAUAAGCUGGAAAGUUCGUCGUGCUGCCGCAAAAUGUUUGGAAGCUUUAAUAAUAACUCGCCAUGAAUUUAUUGAGAGUUUUUGCCAAGACUUGGGACCUAUAUUAAUUUUGCGUUUGAAAGAAAGAGAAGAAAAUGUGAAGUCGGACAUAUUUCAUGUAUACAUAACUUUGUUGAAAAGUGCAAAGGCUCCACAUCCUUUAGCACAAGAUCCAGAUUCAAUGGAAGAAAUUCCCCGAAUCUUCUCUCUUCUUCAAGAUCAACUAAAAGAUGUUAUUAAAAUUAUCCAACCUCUAAUGCGUGAACGGUCGAUGAAAACUCGUCAGGACUGUUUUCUUUUAUUGCGAGAAUUAUUAAAUGUAUUACCUGGAAGCUUAGGGCCAUACUUAAAUGAUAUUGUCCCUGGUAUAAGUUACGCACUAUGUGAUAAAAAUUCAACAAGUAACAUUAAAAUUAGUGCAUUAGGAUUCUUAUGCUCUCUUUUUACAUGUCAUUCACCUACAUAUCUUUUUCAACCUCAUAUUCCCACAUUGGUACCAAUUAUAAUUACUGCUGUAUUUGAUUCAUUUUAUAAAAUUUCUACAGAAGCACUUCAAGUCAUGCAACAACUUGUAAAGGUUAUAAGGCCUUUAGACGAUCCCAUAUUACCUGGUACUUUUAAAAUAGGACCUUUUGUGGAAGACCUAUAUUCUGCUACACUAAAAAAAUUAAUGACAUCUGAUGUUGAUCAGGAAGUUAAAGAUCGUGCUAUAACUUGUAUGGGCCAAAUAAUAGCAAAUAUGGGCGACUUUUUAGUUCCGCAAGUUCAAACUUGCCUUCCAAUAUUGAUGGAACGGCUUAAUAAUGAAAUAACUCGUCUAAGUAGCGUUAAAGCAAUUCAUAUGAUCGCUUCAUCUCCUUUACGAAUCGAUUUGACUUUAAUAAUAAAAGAAAUUAUUCCCAUAUUAGGCUCAUUUUUACGAAAAAAUAAUAGAGCUCUCAGAUUGCAUUCUUUAGAUUUACUAAACAAAUUGGUUGAGAAUUAUUCUCCUGCAUUUAAUCCCCAAAUUCUACAAUUAGUAAUUGUUGAGCUUAAACCGCUAAUAUCAGAUUCCGAUCUCCAUAUUGCUCAAUAUUGUUUAAUACUUUUAACAGCGACUGCCCUUAAACAUCCCAAAGCUCUUGAAGAUACUCAUGAGCAAUUUUUGCCUGCUGUAUUAAUGCUGGUGCGAUCGCCACUUUUACAAGGUGGUGCACUGACAUGUACGUUAAACCUUCUUCAAGUCUUAGUUCAAACAAAUAUUCAACAUUUGGGUUACAAUUCUUUGCUCAAUAAACUUAUGGAUCCAGUUAUCAUUGAUAAUGAGCAAGUUCAUAAACAAGCACAUCAUUCUUUAGCUAAAUGUAUAGCAUCACUCACUCUAAAGUGCCCAUGGGAAGCCAUACCUUUGGCGUCGCGUCUGCUUGAUUAUAUUCAAAAAACAACUGAAUCUAAUGAUAUAAAAAUGGGCUUUUGUCUAUUAACAAUUGGAGAGAUUGGUCGCAAUUUUGACUUAAGUCCGAUUUUAUCUUUACCACAAACUCUAAUUGAUUGUUUUGGUGUUUGUUCUGAAGACGUCAAGAGUUCAUCAAGUUUGGCUUUAGGUGCUGUUGCAGUUGGAAGUUUAAAAACUUACUUACCUCUUAUACUUAAAGAAAUAGAAGGACAACCAAAACGUCAGUACUUGUUAUUGCAUUCACUAAAGGAAGUUAUAUCAGCAUUAUCUGUUACCCAACACGGACUUUCCCAAUUACUACCUUCCGUUCCAUCUAUUUGGGUGCAACUUAUAAAACAUUGUGAGAGUUCUGAAGAGGGUUCUCGAAAUGUUGUUGCAGAAUGUCUCGGAAAAUUAAUCUUGGUUAACCCAGAUGAACUAUUGCCACAGCUUCGCGAUGCUUUAUAUUCUAAUAACGCAAUUAUGAGAGCCGUGGUAGUAUCGUCCAUAAAAUUUACUAUAUCAGAUCAACCGCAACCAAUAGACCACUUAUUAAAACAAAAUCUAGGCGAGUUUCUUUCCUCUCUUCGUGAUCCCGAACCAGGAGUAAGGAGAGUAGCAUUGGUCACAUUCAAUGCGGCCAUUCAUAACAAACCAACAUUAGUACGUGACCUACUGCCCACAUUAUUGCCUUUUUUAUACUCAGAAACGAAAGUUAAGCCUGAAUUAAUUCGUGAAGUUGAAAUGGGUCCAUUUAAGCAUACUGUUGACGAUGGUCUAGACAUUCGCAAGGCAGCUUUUGAAUGUAUGUAUACUUUGUUAGAGCAAGGAUUGGACCGAGUUGAUGUGAAACAAUUUUUGGGACACGUGCAAGCUGGUUUAUGCGAUCAUUAUGACAUAAAAAUGUUAACAUAUUUAAUGACUGCGCGUUUAGCUGUUUUAUGCCCUGAUGCAGUUUUACAACAACUUGACCAGUUUGUGCUGCAAUUGCGGGAAACGUGUACCUACAAAGUAAAGGCAAAUUCCGUGAAACAAGAACAUGAAAAACAAGAUGAACUAAAAAGGUCUGCAUUAAGAGCUGUUUCUGCGUUAUCCCAAAUACCUAAUGCAGACAAAAAUCAACACUUAAUGGAUUUUUUGAAAAUAAUCAAAGAUACACCGGAAUUGUGCAAAAUUUACGAAUGCAUUCAAAAAGACUCAAAUUCGGUCAAUAUUGAAAACUCGUCAAUGGAUCAAAGUUAAAUGUAAAUUCAUUUUUGUUUUGUAAUAUAAGCGUUAAUGCCAUGUUUUCUGUUAUCUGACAGAUGUGGAAACCAAUACGUCAUCGUAAAAAUAUUAUAAAUGUUUUACCUACGUAUUAUAUGUAGAUAUCUUAUUUAAUAAAUAAACAAAUUUUUCAUAUUAAUUUCAAUCGGGUAGCCAGCUUAAUUGUUAAGUUAGAGUUUAUCGUAACUUCCUUUAAAAAUAAGUAAGCCGAUUUUAGGAAGUGCACUAUACACUUUCUCAGAACCUGAUUUUAAAGGUUGAAUGAACUGAACGGAAGAGCAUAUAUUGCGAAAUUAACCACAAUAAAUGUAGAUUAUUGAUUCUCCAACUUGCCCUACUAAAGUUUGCAUCAACUAUAUUUAUUUCGUGAAGAGCUGAAUGCAUUGUUUAAAAAUUCGAAGGUAGUUUCAUUUAUUCCCAUGAUUCAGUUAAUCAUGAUUCUAUCCUCUCCGGGCGUCAUGUCAACUACCUAUUAGUUAAAUUUGAAAAACUAAAGAACCAUACAAAACAAUAUGAAAUCUUUCGUAAGCAAAACAAAAAAAAAGGAUGUUAAUUAAUAGUUUUCGAAAAUGGAUGUUAAUCUCUUUUGCGCCAAUUCUGAAGCUGAUAUGUGCUGAAGACAACUUUAUUGUAUGUAAAUAUCAAUGUGAUAUUAUUGACAUAUAUAAGUAAGUAAUCAAAUGCGAAUAAAGUGAAAAUGUAACUGUUCCGAAUAGGCUAUAAAAAAUUAAACUUGAAAAUAUAAGGUUGUCAAAUAUCUCCCUUCCGCUUUUUUGUCUUUUGAAUUUCGCGGCUAUGUACAAAGCGCUACAGAGCUCGUAUCUGGCAACACUAUACAUAAUUUGAAAGGUCUUGACAUAACCUACAAAACAACGCUAUGCAUGAUUAGUUUGGAUAUUGCGUUCAACAGUUAUAGACGUGUAAACAUGGAGUUCACUAACGCCGAAAUUCGCGCUAUUUUAAAGUUUUUCUUCGUUAAAGGCAAAUCCGCUAGAGAAACGUUCCGUGAGAUUAAUGGUGUUUUGGGGGAUGGUACUCUAUCACUUCGAACCGCGGAGGAAUAGUUUCGACGAUUCAGAGCCGGUGAAAACGACACCAUGGAUAAGCCAGCCGGCGGAAGACCUGUGACGACUAAUACCGAUCAAAUCAUGGAAUACAUCGAGUUAGACCGGCAUAUGGCAUCUCGUGACAUCACCCAGGAGAUGGGAGUUAGUCGCCAAACCAUUUUGAACCAUCUGCAGAAGGCUGGAUACAAAAAAAAGUUUGAUGUUUGGGUGCCGCAUAAUUUGACGCAAAAAAACCUUCUGGACCGAAUCAACGCCUGCGAUAUGCUGCUGAAACGGAACGAACUCGUCCCAUUCUUGAAGCGGAUGGUGAAUGGCAACGAAAAAUGGAUCACAUACGACAAUAUCAAGCGAAAACGGUCGUGGUCGAAGGCCGGUGAAUCGUCCCAAACAGUGGCCAAGCCGGGAUUGACGGCCAGGAAGGUUUUGCUGUGUGUUUGGUGGGAUUGGAACCGAAUCACCCACUAUGAGUUGCUCCCAUAUGGCCAGACGCUUAAUUCUACCAUCUACUGCGAACAACUGGACCGCUUGAAGCAGGCGAUCGACCAGAAGCGUCCCGGGCGUAGCGCCAAGUGAUUACCACCUGUUUCUGUCCAUGGCGAAUGCCCUUGGUGGUGUGAAGUUGAACUCAAAAGAGGCUUGCGAAAAGUGGCUGUCCGAAUUCUUCGCAAAUAAGGAGGGGGGCUUCUACGCGGAAGGUAUUAUGAAGUUGCCGUCUAGAUGGAAACAGAUCAUCGAACAAAACGGCGCAUAUUUUAACUAAAUCCGAUCACUGUAACACUUUUUAUAAAGCAUUGAAUGAAGAGCAAAAAAGCGGAAGGGAAAUAUAUGUGGAUUGGCCAUUAAAUUAAUUUUAUUACAACACUUUCUGGUUUUAAUUAUUAAAAAUUACAUUAGUUUAUUAAAUUUGAAUAUAACUUGUGUUAUUGUACAUCCGAAGUAGUCAAUAGUCGCGCGUUAAAGCUACGUAUAUUUUCUUUCUUCAUUUUCACAUUCGUUUUCUUACGCUCACUCAGUGUUCUCACUCCUUAUUGAUCUCCUUGAUAACCUCAUUGUCCAAGAGUUCACUUAGCUGUGGUACAUGACUGAUUCUUAUAUCGACUCAAAUUAUUGGUUCUUAAGACGAUCAAUAACCUCCUCUGUCCCUGUGCUGCGAGUUGGGUAUAGCCAGAACAAUUUUGAAAGCGCAUCGAUGACCACAAAAAUAUAAGAAUAGAGCUUAUUGAAUGAACAUGAAAUGAAUUUUUAAAUUUAUUUUUAAAAUAUAUUUUUAUUUUGUUUUGCAAAGUCGCUUGACGCAACACCGUCCACCUUGAUAGCAGGGCGAGUUUAUAUUGUGCUUAAUUGUGCCUGCCUUGGUUACCGCGUCUGCCACUCGUACCUUUGCUUUCCUUCUACGGUUGCGACGACUCGUCCUAAUACGCACUGCUGCGUUCCUACGUUGUCUUCGUGAACAAGAACGAUAUCGUCGGGCUGAAGACUCCGUUUCGGGUGCAGCCACUACCGCCUCCCAUAACCAGCCAAAGUGCGGCGCCCUGGGUGGUAUAUAGACGAAUUUGAAUCCUACUUCGGCAGCGAAUCGCAUUACUUCUGGAGACUGGGACAGAAACGCCUCUUUGAGUUCGCGCAGCUUGCGGUCGGCGCCGACGAAAUUGGUUGCGUUGUAGCUGUAAAUGGUCUGGCGCAUCCCUCGGCGACCAAUGAACCUUUUUAGGGCGAAAACAAAGAAAUUAUUCGAUAUCUUAUGGAAGAGGUGCAUUUAAUAGGCGACAUCCUACUGGGAUUAAUUUGACGGGUAGAGUUUUUACACGUUAGCGGGUGGCGUGGUGCCUUUAGUCAGUUUUGGGAUUUCAUUCGCAAAUUGAACCACCUGAACAAUUUUCAAAACAGCCAUUUUUAGUCGUCUAAUCCAUCGUAAAAGCCGCCAUAAAGCCGGGUCUUUUAGAAGCAGCUUUGGACCGCCAAACCAUAUGGAAUUAUUCACUUCGGAGUUGCAACCCUGAAAAUGGAGUCUGCCCAAAUUUUUUCGAAUAAUCGAUUCAAUAUAGUAGCGCCUAUACCAUAAUUUUGAAAGGUGUGCCGCCAAGAGCUCGAGACGUUGAAGAGACUUGGGCCUCAGCGGAGCCACUCUAGACUUUGCAGUAAGCAGCGUACAUUUAUCACAACCAGCAGAUUGGCGAGCAGAGACUGACAAUAUGUUUCGUUUAGCGGUCGUUUAGCAAAACCACUUCAUUAAGGUGAAUCCAUCCGAGGUUAAUAUUUUAACUACCACCUCACUUCUUAUAGUUUCAGAUCCUGUUAAUAAGUCAUCAACAUAGAAAGUAUCUUUUACUGGAAAAUGAAUCGAGUGGAUAGGUAUCUGCAUUAGCAUCGCUGAUCAUUUGUAAAUACCGUGUUGCGAGCAAUGGUGCAGGCGCAGUGCCGUUAAGUCGAAUAAACUGAACUCUGAGCGAUGCACAAUAAGAUGACAAUUUUUUUUUUUCUUCCUGCAUAAUUAUUUGGCGGUUCAUUUUAGUAAUGUCUGCUGUUAAAAUGUACUUAUGUAAGCGAAAACGAAGAAGAGUUGAUUACAAUCCUUCUUGGAUGGUUGGGCUUACCAUCAAAAGCUGAUUUAAUGAAAUUUGAGAAGAAGUACGACUCGACGCACCAAAGAACUCGUAGUUUUGUUGUUGUUCCCUCGGGCCUCAAAACGCACUCACGCGGAAUGAAAUAGUGUGGCUCACUCGGGAUCUUAUUAUUUGUUGUGCUCAUAUGACCUAGUGAUGUAUACUCAUUCAUUAAGUCCAAAUACAUUUUACGAAGUUCUGGAUCUUUUAAUUUUCUCUUCUCCAGGGCCUGCUGCAUCCUGAAGGGGAAGGAAGUUCCUCAAGAGCCCAACAUUUUUGGACUACCUAAGUUUAGUCUUUCUCUCAGUUUGGCACAGUGUGAUAUUUACGACGGGAGGAGCCUUACACUGCUGACAUAUUUGUCGAACACAAUCCAUCGCAAAAGAGUUUUUUGUGGCGUUGGUUGAUUAGAACCACUAUUAAUUUUGCCUUCAGUUAACAGAUCAAAAAGGUUUCUGCUUCCAAUAAUAUAUCAAUAUUUUGGAAUUUUGGAUCCGCCAAUUCAAUAUUGUGCGGAUUUUUCCAACCAUUAACAUUGAUGUUAUGGUCUGGAUGAUUAUCCGAAAUACAUCGCAUAAUCCGGAACUCCGCCGAAAGUUUGUGAUUAUUUACCCGCUAUUUAACAAACGCGCUUAAUAUUGCCCUGACUUACAUAUUAAAGUUUCCAAUUUCUAUAAUAUAUAACGUCCUGUUUUGGCGUCGAAUCCGCAGUUUUUGGCCCAAAUCCUCCGUCAUAAAGUUGACUUGUGAUCCUGAGCCAGCAAGGCUCUUGCGGGCAGGGAUUCUUUACAGCUGGUUCUCACAAGAAUACUGCUGUUACCAACAUUACCCGAUCAGGCACACUUGUUGUAUUACAUGUGUAUUUGUUGUUAGUCGCGGAUUAGGUAUAGCAGCAAAAGAAACGGGAUUGCACACACGACAUCGAUCCGCUCUGCACUUGGAUGCCGUAUCUGCCAUACGCAAACAAUUUAUGCAUAAGACAAUGAUUUAACAGACUCAAAUCUCUGUUGCACAGAGAGAGUGUUGAAAGUGGAGCGGCAGCUAAAUUAUCGUAAUUUGAUUCGCACUGCUGACACUGCUGCUUUGUAAUUGCAGCAACUAAAGCUGACUUUUUCCUGUUCACGUGAUUCACGCUGAUUGCGACUAUGCGUCUCGUUCUCGAACACGCUGCUACUUCCGCUGAUAGGUGCUGGUACUGUCUAUUCAAGGUUACUUCACAAUCCUUGGAUUAGGUGGCAGAGCAUGCAUAUGAUUAUCGCAUUUGUGAUUUGUUUCUCAUCGCCCAGCGAUAGCAAUGAGUCAUACACAGGCGAGACUUCAUCGAUCAUCACGCGUAAUGAAGGAGGUUGUGAAAUGUUACAAUAGGCGUUCCAUUUUCUGCUAAUAUUGCAGCUGCUUAUGCGAAAAAAACCGGCCGAAUUUCACAGUUUUACAAGGGUUCGGAAAAAUGCUUGUAAAAACCAAACAAUAUUUACAUGAUUCAUAAAGCUGCGUAUUGUGGAUGAAAUACAGAACUAAAUAAUGACACUAGUUUUUUC